CAAAUUUUUCACGAAUUAGGAAUAGUCCAAUUGCAGAAGUUUAAUGAGACCGCAUUUUGUUUUUUUGCUGGCUUUUUUGAGCUAUACUUUGGGCUUGACCCAAGAUCAAGUUUUCCAGAAUGACUGGCAAACUGUGAACAUCGGGGUCCCGUUCACUUCUGUUCACUCAGAUGAAAGAAUCUUUACGCUUUCAGAACUAGGAAUAUUUUCCAUAAUCAAUGCUACAACAGGUGGAAUAAUGUAUAGAUAUCAAUCUGAAACAGUUCCUAUUCGCCCCAAUUCAGGAUUAGUUGAAGUUUCCAAUGAAAUGAUUAUUAGCUUUAUCAACUACGAAUAUGAGCCUGGCAGAAAAGUAAAGUCUAAACUUAUGUUAUGGAAUGUUUCAAAGUCAUUUGGCACAAUUGAGAAAGAACUUGACUUUACAAGCAGUAUUGUGUCUGUACUGCUGAAAGAUGACCACAUAUACGUUGUUGAUGAACGACAUAUUUUGGACAUAGAUAUAACAUUAGAUUAUAAUAUUACUACAAUUUAUACGGCAGAACAACCCAUUGAAGAUGCCAAGAUAUUUCAUAGCUGUCUAGAUGGUUUAACUUAUGCUGUUCUUGAAAUAAGCGGCAAAACAUUCUUUUCAAGCUUAUCAGAUUUUGUUUCAAGGCCUUUUAAUGGUUGUCACGUCAAGCAAUUGCGCUUCCAAAAUUCUUCAAACAAUCUCAUCAUAUGCAGUAAUUCUGAUGUUUACGCAUUUGACUCUUUUGGGUAUGAAAAGUUAAAAUCAGGCAAAAAUAUGAUUAAUGAAAAGCUGUCUGCUGAAUCUCUGUCAGCUGAUCAAAUAAAGAGCUUUGAAAUAGUAAAGGACCAUAUUUUGAUUGAGUCAAAUAACGAGAUUGCCUUAUUUGAUCUUGAAUCCCUCUCAUUGUCUGCUAAUGCAAAAUCACUUUUAAGCAACCCAUUAUCAGACUCAAUUCAUUACUCAUUUCAUGUGUCUAAAAAUUCCACAGAAAUAAAUUUACUUGUUGUUUCUCUUAGUAAGGUUGUUGAUUACUACCGUAAUGGCGAGCUGCUAUGGAGCAACGACCAAUCUUUUGUCAAUAUAAAAGAUUUUGUUAUAGUGGGUUCGGAGCUUAAGUCAUCAUUGACGGUAGAUGAACUCAUUUUUGAAACGAGUUCCAAUAUUCUUUUGUCGUACCUAAGAAGAAUCCGUCAUAACUACGAGUCUUUAUUUGGGAAACUAAACUCCGCACUGGAUGAGGCACAUAGAUUUGGAAUGUCCAAAUACCUGAUAGCUUUGUCAGAGAAUGGAAAGAUUGGUGUUUUUUCAAUGUACAAAAAUGAAAACAGUAAGUCUCAACUUAAGAAAAUAUUCACUCCACAAAUACACUUUAGUCAUUUAUACGAAAUUGAAAGAAAGGUUUAUGCCCUACAUAAUACAACCAUAUACGAGGUAGAUAUCAAUCUGGGAAAAAUAACAAAAAAGUCAGAAACCUUUGUUAAUUCUCAUUUCAAAAUUUUACAAAAUCAAGAUUUAAAAGCUGAAUUUGUCCAAACAGAUGCUCAUGAAUUUUACACCAUUAGUAUUUCCCAUAUCUCCAAUUCUAUUCAAGGUCAUUUCUGGAAUGAGAGACAAGUAGAUUCUUGGAAUUUUUCUCCCGAGGGCGAAACUAUUCUUUCUUUGGUCCAAAGAAGUUACGGAAAUGUCGAUGUAGCACAGAACGCAAUAGUCCUUCCUGAUCGCUCUUCACUUUACAAAUAUCUAAUUCCCAAUGUGGGGGUACUCAUCACACACAAAGAAGGUGAAUCAUCAGAUUGCGUGGUAUUUUAUCUGAUCAACCUGAUAACGGGACAGGUGUAUGGAAGGUUAGAGAAAAAGGUUAGCAAAUCCAUAAAUACAGCCUAUGAUGUUCAUGUUGCGUUUGAGGAAAAUUUUAUUAUUUUCACAGUUCCAGACAAAAACACUAUCAUAGAUACACAGAUUUGCUCAAUAGAUUUGUUUGAAGUCUUGAAACCUGAUGAGAAAUUAAGCGGGAAGAAUGCUGUUAUUUCAGCUUUUGACGAGCCAAUUUUACCCAUGUUUGCGUCACAAUGCUUUGUACUCCCAGGAACAUCUGUGCGUGGAUUAUCAAUAUCUAGAACUAGACAUAAUAUUGCAACGAAGGAUAUCAUUUUGCUAACGAAUAUGGGCCGAGUGGUUGCAUUUCCUAAAAUGAUAGUUGAUGGUAGAAGAAAUGGUAUAAUAGGAGAUUUUAAACUUAAAAAUGAUGUUGAGUCAUCUGUUAUUUCGUUAGACGUUGCAAAGGUUUCCCCAUUCUUGCAAAGAAUAGGCUCAAGUAAAUAUGCUUCUUCAAUUGCAAGUAAAUUUCCAUACGAUCCGAUUAUCAAUGUCAAUCCACAGACUAUUCUAACACAUCAUAGAAAGCUAGUGUUAAACAAUAAUCCCGGGUCUACUUUCCUAUUCACUGAGCCAACAGAACUAGAAUCAACUACUUAUGUUGUAUCCAUUGAUGGUGACAUAUUUGUCACCUUUUUACGUCCUUCAAGCUCAUUUGACAGAUUAACGAGCUCAUUCAAUACCAAGGUUGUUAUUGCUACGAUAGUUGUAUUGUUGAUAGGAAUUGCUUCGGUAGGGCCAAAGGUCCAUAGAAAUAAGAUUCUUGGUAGAUGGGUUUUGUGAAGAGGUGGUUUGUUCUACUUCCGGAAAUCGUUAAAUUUUGGGUAAUAGUUGUCUGAUCAUUCUGAACAUCUGUAUAGAAAGUAAGAAAAAUUAUAAAGGAGUAUAUUGAUUAAGAAUUCUUGCUCAAGCGGCUCUUCUAUUGCCUAUCAAAGUAAGUAAUUUGUAAAUUCAUCCGGAUAUGAUUAUAUGAGGAAUGCAGAUACAGUGCCGACGACACCCAAGAUCAAGGCUACCACCAUUACUAAAUAGUAAAACCAUUUGUUUCGAGGUUUGCACAAUUUCAAAUAGAACGCACAUGGUAAUAUGAUACAGAUUAGUGUACACAAUGAGGAACCACUCAAACC